CACCCGUUGAAACAAACUCAACGCUUGAUCAAUCACUUUCUAGUCACAAUCACCUUGCAUCAAUUCGUAGCUCGCUCGUGAAACAGAGACGACUCUACAUACCUGCAUCGACGCGAAUUUGAAUUCGAUCUCUCCAGAAAACCCACCUUCUCAUAUCUGUCCGUUUAAUCUUUCUGUGAUUAGGGUUUCGAGCUUGAUCUAGGUUGUAAUUGCAAUUGCAAAGAGCUCGGUGUGUUUGAUUUUCUGUUCGCAAGGUUUUCCGGUAAUUCGAUUCAUCUAAAGCUCAUAAUUAAGCGACAUGAAUGGUGAACCUCAGUGCAGUUUAUGAUGGUUGUAGGAUACUUCAAGCUGUACUCCUUUGAGUAAUGGGAAGCAGUGAGAUGGAUAAACCCGCCAAGGAGGCAAAAGACUCCACAAAGGAGCCAAAGACACCAAAUUCCCAAGAGCAGACUUCAGGUACUGCCACUGGUACAGUCAAUCCAGAUUGGACAGGGUUUCAGCCUUAUCCUCAUAUGCCUCCACAUGGGUACAUGGCAUCAAGCCCUCAAGCUCCUCCCCCAUACAUGUGGGGGGUUCAGCAUCUUAUGCCACCUUAUGGUACCCCACCUCAUCCAUAUGUUGCAAUGUAUCCCCCUGGUGGCAUUUAUGCUCAUCCAUCUAUGCCUCCGGGGUCAUAUCCUUUCAGUCCAUAUGCAAUGCCUUCUCCAAAUGGUGUUGUUGAGGCUUCCGGUAAUAAUACUCCUGGAAAUACAGAAAUUGAUGGUAAGUCACCAGAUGGGAAGGAAAAAGAAAAAGAAAAAGAAAAACUUCCAAUUAAAAGGUCAAAGGGUAGUCUUGGAAGUUUAAAUAUGAUUACUGGCAAAAAUAAUGAACAGAGUAAAACUGGUGCAUCUGCUAAUGGAGUUUACCCUAAAAGUGCUGAGAGUGGAAGUGAAGGUUCAAGUGCAGGAAGUGAUGGGAAUUCUGAAAAUGAUUCACAAAUGAAGUCAGGAUCCAGGCAAGAUUCAAUUGAAGCUACAGGGGAAGCUUCCCAAAAUGGAAAUUCGGGACAUGUUUCUCAAAAUGGAGGACCAAAUGUGGGCAACAACCAAACAAUGGUUGUGGGCCCCACAACCAACUUAAAUAUUGUUGCAGGGGGGCUGGUUACUACAGGUUCAAGGGACAUGCAGUUGCAGCCUUGGCUUCAGGAUGAAAGGGAGCUAAAAAGACAGAGAAGGAAGCAAUCUAAUAGGGAAUCUGCUCGUAGAUCCAGAUUGCGCAAACAGGCGGAAUGUGAUGAGCUGGCGCAACGGGCAGAAGUUUUAAAGGAUGAAAAUUCUUCGCUUAGAGCAGAAGUGGGUCGCCUUAGAAGCGAGUAUGAGGAGCUUCUUGCUCAAAAUGCGUCUCUUAAGGAACGACUAGGGGAGACUCCCGGGCAAGAAGACUUGACCUCUGAUGGGACCGAACAACAAACGGGCAGCAAAGAUCAUCCGGGCAGGCAGAUAGAACUUGCCCAAAGUCAUCAUCAAUGAACUUCCACCUUUCCCAAGUUGCCCGGGAGCUUAACUUAACGAAAAAUUAGCAAACAAAAAAACCGUGUUUUACGUAGUAAUAGAGUUCACAUUAAGACCGGACAGACCGGACCACACUAUUUGGUCCUGGUCCGGUCUUGCUAGACUCAGACCAGUUUGGUUAGAUUCAGACUGGUCUGGCUAGUGUCUUAGAUAUGCAAAAUAACUAUCAAAUUAAUUGUUGUCAUCCAAUGUUCUUGAUCGGCCUAUCUUUUAAGGUCCGAUGAGCCCGGAUGAUAUGUAGAACUGUAGUGUGAAAUUACUCCUGUACCCUUUGUAUUGCUAAAAAGGGUGUUGGUAUCUAAUUAUUUUUCAACAUUUUAUGUACUAAAUAUGAUCAAAUAUGAUUGUGGUUUGUGAGUUGCAGUUGGGUUAUUUGAGUGCUUUGGUUAGAUC